AUGCUAUCGGCGCUCAAGAGGUUGGUCUCCCAUAACGACAACCAACUGAAGGCGUCGCCCACCGAUCCAUCCAUUCAUCGGUCACCCCAUGGAGUGUCACCAAUGGAUCAGUUGUUGCAACGAAAGUUCGCCAAAGGAGUCCAAUAUAACAGUAAUCCCGAAGACAUUUGGAUCUGGGAUGUGGUGGACAAAGGAAAGCCUAAAAAGAAGUCGGAGUCACUCAAGUUGGACAACAAGUCGGGGGCGGCGGUGACGGCGGCGCCCGUAGUGCCGGACGAGGAGCAGCCGGCGCUCGACGCAGAGUUUGUGGACGUCUAUAAGAACACGAAUGGCGUGAUCCUCAUGAUGGAUAUGACCAAACAGUGGACCUUCGACUACGUCCAGAGGGAGCUGGAGAAGAUGCCCAAAAACAUACCGGUGCUCGUGUUGGCCAACCACCGGGAUAUGGGUCACCACCGGGCGGUCACCGAGGAUCAGGUGAAGGGCUUCAUUGAGGGCUGCGUCGAGUCGGUGGCCAACGGUGGCGACGCCAGUGAGCGCCGACAGAUCCGCUACUCGGAGGCGUCGAUGCGGAACGGCUUCGGCCUCAAGUAUAUGCAUAAGUUCUUUAACCUACCGUUCCUUCACCUGCAACGCGAGACUCUGUUGAGACAACUGGAGACCAAUCUGUCGGAUAUGGAGACGACAUGCGAUGAAUUGGAUUCACUGCAGGACUCGGACGACCAGAACUACGACCUCUUUCUCGAUCUCUUGACGAAUAGGCGCCGAAGACUGGCCGACCAGUUGUCGAAACCGGCGCCGACGGACCUCCAGAACAACGGCGUCGCCCCUCACCACCAGCCGCCCAGAAGUAAGUCCAUGCCGUCGAGUAUAUCGCAAAAGCUGUCGUCCCAUAUGAACGGCGGCGCCAAUAGUAUGGAGCCGCCGGUGAAGCCGACGCCCAGUAUUAUAAUCGGCGCCAAUAAUCCACUUCCGGCCAAAUACUCGGCCAACAGUCUGGCCGUCGGUUCGCAGGCCAACCAAACGACGACUAAUCAAAGUCCGGGCCAUCAGUCAAACCCUAAGAGUAAUAGCAAUGCGUUUCAAAGUGUCGACGAAUUCAUUCCGGAGGACGAGAAGUCGUCGUUCAGGCAGUUCCUCGACGAGCCACUCAAUGCUAUCAACGCCGCCAACGAUGUCAAGUACGACGACAACACCGAUAGCGAUAACGACACGACAGCCGACAACCCAAUGGUCGCCAAAUAUCAGGAGGAAUUAGAUCCCGAGGACCAGGUGUCCAACGGCUCGCUCGACGAGUUGGCCGCCCGGCCCACAGUCGCAGACAUCAUACGCGAGUCGAGCGAUGAUAACGACAUCGAAAAGACUUUGACUGAAACGCCGGUCGCUAACCAUAAGGCCAACCGAAGCGUGUUUUCCAUGAAUACGAUAGACGGCGACGACAUCUCCGCGGCGGUCGACAAUCACUACAACACCCGGCCGUCGGUGAGCGUCAGUCGCAACGCCUCGCUAUCGACGCCCACGAGUUCGACGCUGACGACGACGGCCACGCCUACGAGCGCUGACACCAGCGAAAUGGGCAGCGAAUCGGGUUCCGCGACCACCAAAACGGGUCGCAAAACGCAUUCAAAAACCAAAACUAAGACCAAAAAGAAGUCGAAGACUAAGAGGAAGGGCGCCGACGAUGAGGACGACGAGCAGCGACGGCUCGAAGAGUUCUUAGGGCCGGACGUGAGCCGAGAGGUGACCGCUUACGAGGAGUUAUGA